CUCACACACACACACACACACACACACGCACGCACGCACGCACAAAUACAUCGACUGCCUGCGGUUAAAUAUCUGCUGUUUCUGAUUCUUCAAAGGUCAACGGAAAUUUCUGUGAAAACUGCACCACACAGUCAUCAUGUAUACGCCAAUUAGCGAUGAUAUUUACGCAUAUGCCCUAUCCAAGACCCUGACAAAGGUUUCAGCACCUGUGACUGUAGGACUCUACUCCACAUGUCAGAAUCGAAUUAACAUGAUCCUUGAAAAAAUGGAAGUGUACAUGAAGCGGGAGGCUUCUGAGAUUGAGCGGAAAUACACAAAAAGACCUGGGCCUCGCUCAGUUACGCCUUCAGCUACUGGCUUCCUAGCACUCAUUGGUCGACUUCUCUUGUACAAUCCCAUUUGGACUAAAGAGAACCAGGACCACCAUAAUGUCAGGUUCAUUUAUGUGCAUUUUAGUGCCUGGCAUUUUGCAGGCAGUGACCUGCUGUGGGCCGGGCUGGUCAUACGCUUGAUUCAGGCCAUGCAGAUUAACUUUGGGAAGUUACAGCUGGUACUCUACCGUGUGGGUCAAUAUGAUGAAGAGGAUGAAGUCGAAGAGAAGAUAGUGGAGGAUGGUCCUAAUCAUUGGAGGUCCAAGAAGAUUUGCUGCUGCCCUCUGUGGUGUUUCCUCCUGUGCAUUCUUGUGGUUCCAGCAAUUCUACUGGUAUUGCAGUUGACAUUUGGCUUUUUCAAACCUGAGGUGACAGCAGAUGAUGGGGAUAAUGAAAAGACAGGCCAGGUGGGGGUGCUGGAAGGCGUGGCCAUUGCUGUAUUGGGAGUCCCUGCAGUGAGUGCGUUCAGGUUUAUCUUUCUGAUGUUUAAGAACCUCAUCUUCAGCCAGGAGCUGAACAUCAAGAAGGGGAUGGACAAUGAGCGGAUCAGCAGCCAGCUAGGCUUCAUGAACGAAGUGAGGAAGGAGAUGUGGUUCCUGUCUCGCUUCAUUCAGUUUAUGGAGGUCUUUGAGAGAAGAAGGAUCCGAGUGGUGCUGAAGAUCACCAAUCUUGACCGCUGCUCCCCCAGGAAAAUUGUUGGGGUUUUAGAUGCUGUCAACAUUCUGCUUUCAGAUGAGGAAAGUCCAUUUAUUUCCAUUCUGGCUGCCAACCCAGAAGUUCUCAUAGAGAAGGUGAACUACGCAGAUGGCUGCUUCAGUAAAGAGGACAGAGCUUAUGCAUUGUUGAACCGCAUUGUUACCCUGGCCUUCACAGUCCCUCCACUGUGUGAUGAUUCAAAACGCCGCUUAUUUUGCAGCCUGACCAGCAAUUCAAAAAGCCCAGAGGUGAAAAACAUUUGGAAAGAUGAAAAUGUAUCUUCAGUGGGGAUAGAAGAGUCAAUUCCAAUGAUGGCUAAAACUACAGUAGCAUCACAUGUAAUGGAGAAAGAAGUGGAGAAAUUGGUCAAGAGCAUCCUGACCAGCAAUGAAAGGACGCUAAACAAGUAUAUGUUAGAUGAUGUCAUGUCAAUGAGGAGAGUGAUCAACUCCAUUCGAGUGACUGUGAUCAUCAUGAAAGCCUUGGAGAAAGAGCCUCCUCAACCAGAAAACAUUGCGCCAUGGGUGGUCUUGGCCAAUCAGUGGCCCUGCCGACUCAGCUGGAUCAUCCAGUGUGUGGAAGAUGCUCAGCAGAGAGCAGAUAUUGAUCGUGACAGAGAGGCUAUCACUGAUGAUUCAAAGACCCUAUGGAAAGUCUUCAGCGAGUCCAGAGCAGAGCUUUAUGUGAUGAGCGGACAAAUUGAGGACCUCCUCGAGCACGAUGGAGAUCCUGAGAUGUUUGAGAGAUUUCUCACAGUAGAUUUCCAAUUCACCGUGAAGGACUUGAAGACUUUUGAAGUGGCAACAGUGAAUCUGGAUCAUACAAUUCAGAGGGAGUUGGCUAAAAUCAGAGGGACAUCCAGGUUGAAAGAUUCUGGUUGGAUGAGAGACCUCGCUCCUCUGCCAAUCGCAACUAUAAUCAACAUGAAUACUGAGGAUGUAUGUAAAGAGUUGAAGAGAAUGGAUUACCCCAGCAAGUAUAUUGAUAUUGUGAAAAACAAUAACCUCAAUGGCUCGGCGCUGGUCUUUGGUGAUGCAGACGAUGUCAAAAAACUCCUAGGUAUGAAUUUUGGUGAAUGGGCAAGUUUCAGACUCCACUUCCUGGGUUUGCCAUCACAUCUCCGACCACAACACAAGAACACGCAGCAAACGCCUUCUCAGCCCCAGAGCCAGCUGCCUAUUCCAACUCAUCAUGUUUCCCAUCGUUCCUCAUCGAAUCCCAGUUUGGCUAACAGCUCUGUGUAGGAAUCCAGUCCAUACAGAACAGGUCUGAUAUCCCUACACUUAUCCUCUGCAAACAACCGUUACAUUAAAAAUACACAACUUGAGCAUUAAAAAAACAUAUAUAGAAAGUAAUGCAUGACUGAAAAUUUAAUGCAUGUUCUGUCAAUAUUACUAAUAAAUUAUUAAAGGAACGGUUUGACAUUUUGGGAACUACGCCUAUUGGCUUUCUUGCCAAGAGUAAGACGAGAAGAUCGAUACCACUCUCAAGUUUGUUUGCUAAAUAUGAAGGUGAUUAGCCUAGUUAAUUUAGCAUAGAUUGGGGAAAGACCUAGUCUAGCUCACUCCAAAGUUCAAAAUACGCUUACAGACACCUCACAGUAGCUUAUCUGCUUAAAACGUAUUACUUAUGAAGUCUGUUCACAGUUUAGUCAAACAAUAAUAAGUAGAGAAUAUCAUCAAACUAGAUGUAAACCAAUUCAGUGGGAAAAGGUUCCUGCUAAUCACUGUUGUCAAGAGCUUUUCUGGAGUGUUUGUGGCUUUUCUAUUAGCCUAAAUAUAUCUGGCCAUUCUCUGACCUCGCUCACAUUAAUAAGAUGGUUCCUUCCCAUCUGCCACAGUUCAAGCAGGCAACUCCAGCAUACUUUUUUCUCCAUAAUUAGUGAUGUUUAUUCUCCAUAAUAUGCUAGGUCAUAUCUAGUAUUACUGAACUGAGAUCCUCAGUCUGUAAAUGCUGUUGAGUCACUGUUGCUGCUAAACUGCUGCUCAGAUGUCUGCACACAUUCUCCUUUACCACCCACACCAUCCGACAUACACCUGUUCUUUGCGAUCCCUGUGAGGGAUUUCAAUUGAUCAUUCCCUGCGCUCUCUUCUGCUGUUCAGUAUGCUGCACACAUUGAGCCUCGAUACCACAAUGAAUUUUAUUGUACCUAGUCUUGAACUUUAUUUUUAAUGAGUUGGCUGACUGAACUGAAUGGUUUUGGUUUACUGUGACACUCUCUCCCAAUGCAAACUUACAUCAUUCCUUUUAAGACAUUCUGAUUUAGUCAGCUGUAUUUGGAAAUACAUAAAGAAAAAGAAAUGCAUGAAGUUUAGACCAUGCAGAAAUAAAGCGUUGCAGGCGAUAGGGAGCUGACCAUUAAGCUUUAUACCGUAACUGCAUGAAGAUAAAAAAAUAGAUAGUUAAGCUUUUGCAGUCUGAGCCAAUGUACUGGUGUAAGCUUUUCUUUGCUUAAUUUCUUUGUUUUUUUGUUGUUGUUGUUGUCUUCCAAGACAUUUCAGGUAAUUAAUGUGAUAACAUUCAUGAAGUGAUAAUUUCAGAUAAGUGUGAAAUAAUCUGACUUUUUUUAAGAUACUGGAGCCUAUGAUGAAUCAUGAUUACUGUCUAUCAUAAUAAGAAAUGUAUUAGCAAUGUAUAAAUAUCGAAUGAGUGAAGCUAUUCAGUAAGUAUGAACCCCUACUGUAACAUAUAACCAAAACACAGGUUUGUAAAAAUGUUUAACUUGUGUGAGAAAACUGUCAGGUACAUGGUAGUUGAUUUGGGGGGAAUGAAAAAAAAUGACUGCAGUUUAAUGGUUUGUAUUUAGUAUGCUAGACGAGUGCUUCUCUAGAUUUCAUCUGAGCCCGACAAGCCCAAAACUGAUGGCUGCAGUGCUGCCUGCAUAGAUGUCCAAUAAUUUCUGAUGCAACCUUAGUUGACAUUAUUGAACUUUUUUUUUUUUGCCUUUUUCAUGGAUCACAUUUCCUCUAAUAAUGAGACAACAGUUGUUUUGCUGAUAGAGACGGAUCCCUGAGAUACUAUAAAAAGGUGUCAAACAUUUCACCUGAAGAAAAUACAGUGAUCAUCUUUUGUCUUAUAAUCCCUUUUUUUUAUCAUUCCUGUUAUAAACAUCUAUAAUUGGUUUUAAGAAGCCAUCAGUACAAAAAUAUCAACAUAAUACAAUCACUAUUGUCAAUUAACUAUUAUUCAUUGUAGGGGUAAACAGACAGAAGACUCACUCUUGCAAAAAAUUUCCUUUGUUUUUUAUUAUGCGUAUGUACUGUGAAUAUUUAUCAUGACGCCUAUGAUGUGCCUAAGCUGUAUAUCGUGAAUGCAUGCUUCAAGUUUCACAUAUCUUAACUCUUCAUAAAGUCAAAAAAUGACUAACUAGAAGUUUAGGAUUUGGACUUCACUUUAAUGCAUCAACAAACACUUUCAUCUGUUUCAGAGCCUUAACACACACUGACAUGAUAUAUUUUGAUAGAUUGAAAUGCACUAUGAUGUGUUAAGGAAUACUUGACUGAUUGCUAAAACAGAAAACCAAACACUGUGUAUGUGCUGCAGUAAACUAUAAGUCUCUAUUUCAAGCAAAACCUUAAGAUGUAAACUCUGACAAAUGAUGUUGCAGAAAUGUAAAUGCAUGACUUGAAAACAUAAUAAAUAAUGCUGAUCCAAGCAAAUGUGAUUUUUGUUGUUUGGCAUUUCUCAUUUUGCCAAUUUAAAAACAGCCCAAGCGAUGUGCUGGCUCAUUAAUAAUAUUCAAACAUCAAAGUGUUCUUACGUUUAAUUAUCAGCUGAAGGUUCAGUUCAUCUCGAUUCCUUUGAACCGUCUCCCGCAGAAAGUUGCAAGUGUAAGUUUGGCUAAAAAUAUCACACAAACCUCGGGCACUUACAGUACAAGCACUAACAGUAUACUUCCAUACAUACUGAACACAUACGGUUCAUACUGAAGAUCUUACUUCAGAGAAAGACUCUGAUUUUGUGAUAUUACACAACAGCACCCUCUAAUGCCAAGUUUUUUCACAGAAAUGUGGGGAUUUAGGGGCUUAUCAGGUGAGUUAAAUUCAUGCAUUUCUUCUGACUGAUGGAAUAUUUAUAAGAAAUUCUGCAGUUCAGAAAAGUGAAAGCAAAUCUCUAAACAUGACAUAGCAACUCCUUAAAUACAUUCACAAUCACCAGUUGAUGUAUAAGCACCAUAUCUAGUUUAUUCUGUAACACUAUGGCUUUUGGAUGAGCCUUUCUCCCAGUUGUAGCUCAUUACGAGUUUUUCUUGACACGUUAUUUAUUUUUUCUUAUAUCAGCAAGAACAGACAUUACAGUAUCUUAAAGAACACAGUGGUUAUUGUGUUAUUAGUCAUUUGGAGGUAUGAAAGCUCAAAAAUGAAAGGUAAAAUUCUUGUCUAAUUAAGGACAAUACAUUUCACAUAAGAUACUAACACAUAACUGUAUUAAACAGUUAAGAUUUUAACCACUAUUUGCAUUUUAAGACACAUUGUUCGUACAGUCAAGGCACAAGUUCAAAUUCAAGAAAGUUUUAGAUAUAGCACUUAGUAAUUUCAGAUGCUCAUUGUAAAUCAAUAAAACUGAGACAUAUAUCCUGGUUAGGAGAGAACAAAUUUGAGGAACCAAUUUAGGAAUGUGUGUAAAAAAAAAAAAAAAAAAAAAAAAAAAAGAAAGAAAAACAUUU